GGCACUGCGGAUUGAGGAGAGAGGAGAGCCUCCGACUGACACUUUACUACUACCAAGCGUGCUGACAAACCGACUGGCCGCCUGCCUGGCCGAAUCUGCAUCCAGGGAAUCCCGGGCACACAACGCCCUUUGGGAAUACACAGCGAACAUGUCAAGGAAUCACAGGACGCCUCUGAAAAAUACCGACAAUCUGGUGGAGGUGAAGAGCAAAUUCGAGGCGGAGUACCGUCGCUUCGCCCUGAAGCGGAGCAAUGGCGGCUUCGAGGAGUUCUACAAGCUGCUGCAGACGGUGCACCGCAUCCCCGGAGUCGACCUGCUGCUAGGAUACGCUGACGUCCACGGCGACCUGCUGCCAAUCAACAACGACGACAACUUCCACAAGGCCGUGACCUCGGCCAAUCCGCUGCUCCGAAUCAUCAUCACGAGGAGAGAUGAGGACGAGCCAAUCGUGUUUGCCACCAACUCGCUGCAGCGGAACAAGAAGAAGGUGUUGCCAGGUCUGCGCCCGGCGCCGCAAAAAUCUUCCAAGCAGCAGCUGACCAUCGGGAUGCCGCGCGACUUCCGCCAGAUCUCGUCCAUCAUCGACGUCGACAUCCUGCCCGAGACGCACCGUCGCGUACGCCUCCACAAGCACGGCACCAACAAGCCACUGGGAUUCUACAUUCGCGACGGAGUGAGUGUGCGUGUGACGCCGCAGGGUGUGGAGAAGCUUCCGGGCGUGUUCAUCUCGCGGCUGGUGCGCGGCGGCCUGGCUGAGAGCACGGGGUUGCUGGCCGUCAACGACGAGAUACUGGAGGUCAACGGCAUCAACGUGGCCGGCAAGAGCCUGGACCAGGUGACGGACAUGAUGGUGGCCAACAGCCACAACCUCAUCGUCACGGUGAAGCCGGCCAACCAGCGCAACAACGUGGUCCACCGCGGCAGCAAGGCCUCGUUGGCGGGCGGGGGAGGGGGUGCCCGCUCGGCCGAUUCGGGGGGCUCCACGGUCUCCCAGGACUCCGCCCCUAGCCCCACCUCCCAGACCGUCAGCCAGUACAGCAACAGCAACAGCGUCGCCGAGGGCGACAGCGACGACGACGGCGACCUGAUCAUCGAGAGCGACAGCCUGCCCGUCUACACGCCCCACCGCAGCCUGCUCCCCAACGGCAACAGCGGUAGUCACGACAACGGCGACAACGGCAACAACGGCCCCGCCACCCUGCCCCGCACGCACCGGCCCAUCCCGCAGAGCGUCUCGUUGCCGAGCAACAGCUCCCUGUCGGACAGCAAGGCGUCGCUGAGCUCCUUGACCACGCCCACCCACAACGGCAGCCGAUCGCCCUCCAAGACCAGCAGCAGCCAGGAGAGCAUGCGGGAGGACGGCAACUUCAUCACGCUCUGAGGAGGACGCACCCCCUGUCACCACGACAACGACACACAAACAAACAAAGCAAACAAGCAAGCAAAACAAAACAAAACAAAACAAAACAACAGACAACAAGCGAACUGGAAAAUAAACAGCUAGCCCUUAACAAUACACAUACUUGGCACAACCUCCUUACCCACAGCCAUACAUACGGACAGUACACAAAUGUGCCAUCUGGAUAUAAGCGUGGUGACCUGUAUGUGGUGGCCUGAAGGCCUGGACUUGUGGAGCUACCACACCUGGAUAACCUUUACUGCUGCUGGAACUCACUGUCGGACACCUCACGCCGUUUGGAUUUGGGCUGCUGAGACUGCUGGGGCCAAGUCGGGGUGAUUUCGUUGGGAUGACUGGGGAAAGGGACAGUUCGGAAUUUGAGAAGACGUCACGAGGGAUAGUUGGUUGGGGUGGGAGU